UACGUGGUGGAUCACGAUCGUCCUAUGAUCGCAGAACUUGUCCCCUGUGGACACAAAUUGCAUUUCGAAUGCUUAGGAGAGUAUUUUCGGUCUUGCGAAAACGAGAAGAACGUUCUCUCGGGAGCGUCAGAAGCCGUGCUUCCGCGAAUGAUUCUGCGCGCGAAUGGUCAAGCCCACGGGGGACAGGAAGAUCUUUCGCGGAUCGAGCGGGGAGUGCAUCCCGCGUCACAACUGAAGAACGUGGUCUGUCCUCUGUGUCGAGGAGACUUUUUUUUCAAAAAAAAAGUGGUGCAGGAUGUUGAGUAUGAGGACGAGUUUGCUUCACUCUGCGCAUCGAUGCUAGGCUGUGGAUUCUCUAGUGGGAUCUGUGAUCAUGAUGAUCAUGAUCCUUUUCCUCUACUCCAAGAAGAACGUCAACAUUAUCGAGAUGGCCACAUCAAAAGGAACAGCGACGGCGCUUCGACGACACCCUCGGGCGACGAAUUGCAUUCGGGAGACGGAGAGCAAGAUGAAGGGCAGAUUUUGCGUCGACGUCAUGUUUUAUGGAAAGAACUUGCGGAGCUUAAGGUGGAGCGAGCGGAAGAGCCGGCGUUUGAGCAACGGGAAGAUCUGAAGCAGAAGCUCGACGCGGUCCAAGGAGACGAUACUAUGUUCGAAGAUGAAAACAAGGAAAAAAAACCGGUCUCGUCUACCUCUACGGAUUCGAUAAAGCCAAAUAUACUUCCUUCCAGAUCUUCGUUUGCACGACGCGUACUGCGGUCUUUGUUGAAGAAGAAAUUGCCGUCGCCUUCUUGUGUACGACGCUCGAUGCGGUCUUUGUUUCGGACCGUCUCCCGUGACCGCAAAAGGCGUAAGCGGUUUCUACGCACUGUGGCGGCUCUCGCAUCCCUUCCAUCAAAGUUGUGUAAGCCUCCUGUAGUGGAUGCAGUGAUGAAGAAACUGAUAGGAAGAUCGUUGUCGUUCGCCACCUUGGAACUGCUUGUCACGGUAUUCGCGAGUUUCCGCACCUACGUCUUUCUGUUUUCUUUCCUCGUGGAAAAGGGACCGAUCAAAACGGAUACGCUUUUGCAAUACGACUUUUUUGAGAGCGACUUCGUGAGAAGGAUGUAUCCAAGGCUUGUUCUGUGCGUAAUUUUUGAAACGCUGGUUGCGCAAGCCCUUUGCCAACAAAAACUAUUUUCGGGCGCAAACCUGUCGCCGCAAGGGCUUCUGAUCCGCCUAAACCGCCUCCUCGGAAGGCAUCUGCCGAAACUGCAUCAAGGAGUGUUUGGUCCAAGGGAUCAUGGUCUAUCUUUCGACCCCGUAGCUGCAGAACAGUGGGGCGUUGCACCGGCAGGAAGCAGUGCUCCAUUUGGAGAAGGAGGAGGAGGAGACGGUGCUAUGAUCUUUGCGACUGGCGUGGACCCUUUUUGUGAUUCCACCGAUGAAAGCGUUGGCAAAAGCAAGCUGUUGACGUUCACUGACUUGCUCCUUUUGAAUCUUCUGCAUUACGGUGUGUAUCGACCUAUGCGCUGCUUCCACUACAUCUUGGCGGAAGAGUUUUUUCAGGAGGUUUUUUAUCCAGAUCUAUUGGAAUACCUCACGACUGGGGAAGAAAGAGAGGUAGAAGGAGAUCAAGACUCACCACGACACUCUGCUGACUCGAGGUCCUCGUCGUCGUCCAGAACUCGUCGUGGUUUUUCGAAGUUUUUUCAGAGAGAGUACAUGCCGAAACAUCGACAAGAGUUGUUUGGAGCUGAUGAAGGGGACGAGACUACUACGAGCUCAUUCUCAUCCGGACGACGUCAGUGGGAAGAGAACUAUCCGGACGUGGAUCAACUUUGGGCCCGCGCGCUCGACCAUUUUGAAAGACUCGGGUACAAUUUUGACGACGAUGUAGACGAACUGGAGGAUCUACAUCAAGUAGCAGAGAACGGUGAAGACGAAGUACAUCUUCAAGAUCAAGAUCAAGAAGAAAAGAACAGCGCUGUUCUUAGAGAUGAACAAAAGAUUGUCGAGGACGAGGACAAAAAAGUGCUACAUCGAAAUGAAAACGGCGAAAACAAGAAAAAGAUUGCCGUAGAAAAUCUCCGUUCCUGCUUUGGGUCUUUCGGUUUUUUGUUCGAUUUCGUGCCUUCAGCAGUCGAGCGCCAGGUUUUUUACCCGCGGCCACCGGGAGUCACGGUCGAGGAGUACUAUGAUGGGCAGAACGGGCACAUAGGGACAGAGUACAUCCCGGUGAACAGACCCGUGAUCAAGGACUUUGCUGUACAGGCAUUCCACAAAGCGACGAGUCUAGCGGGAAGAAAAAAGGUUGAGAAAAAAGUAAAGUCGUUGCUUCGAAUGGAAAGGGAAAAUAGAUCCAGUAGAAGAGCAGGGACUGGUAGCGGUAUUGAUGGCGCCGAACAUCAAAAUCUAUCAACACGACUAUCUCAUGUUUCAUCUUCCGCUUCAAGUGCAAGCGGAAGUUGUGCUGGAGCAAAUGCAAGCGGAACAAGUCGUGCAAUUUUUGUAGAAAAUUCGAAAGAAUUCGAAUCGUUCAGGAGUUUCUGUGCAGAAUUGAAGGUGUUAUGUGGUGCGAACUUUAAGCCUGAGAAAUUGGAAGCGUUUAGAGAUCGAGUAAUGAAAGACAAAGCUGCCAGGAAAGCGAAAGAAUCAUUAAAAGCCAAUUGAUGGCGAAAGCGGAAUUCACAAGUUGAUGUGAUUCUGUACUUAAAUAGGCCAGCAGGAAAACUUCAUUGAUGAUAACGGGGAACCAAUCUCGAACGUUGAAAAAGCUACGGUAUACAGUACUUGUAUGUGGGCAGAUUAUCAAAUUUUCAUUCAUCACCAUCACGAACACGAGCUUGAAAAUGAACGCUCAGCCGAAAAGUCAGCCUUUUAAGAGGAAAAAUCUGCAUCAAACAAAUGUCCGCGAAUCGAAGUCAAACCAUAUUCGAGCUACAAGAACUAUCUUGACACGCGAU